AGCGGGCAGCAGCCGCUGGCAAAGAUGGCUCCCCCCGGAUGCCCCAGGAUGCUCCCUGCCCUUCUCCUCUUCCUCCUCAGUGGAGGUGCUGCAACCCAUCUCGACAGGCCGCCCUUCCCCAGCCGAGCGUGCGAAAGGGUACCUGUGGCCCUGCCCGGGGCUCUGGGCACUCUGCAACGUCCCCUGGGCCGGGAGAGCCGCCUGCGCCCCGUCAACUGCAGCUGGGUCAUCGUGGGCAGCGAGGAGCAGAUGGUGACCAUCAGGUUCCAGAAGCUGCACCUGUCGUGCCCGUCGGAGCACCUGGUGCUGCGGUCCGCGCUGCAACCGCCCGUCUCCCUGUGCGAGCUGCCCGCGGGGCCGCUGCAGCUGCCGGGAGGAAACGCCACCAUCACCUACAGCUACGGCGGGGGCAGCCGGCAGCCGGGCCCUGGCUUCCUGCUCUCCUACGCCAGAGAAGGCCCCGAGUGUUCGCGCCGGGAGUUCCGGUGCCCGAACGGGCGUUGCGUGCCUCAGGCCCGGCGCUGCGACGGCGUGGACUCCUGCGGCGACGACGGCUGGGACGAGGCCGGCUGCGGCCCCGCCCGCCCCUGCAACCGCACCCUGGAGGGCUUCUACGGGGUCUUCUCCUCGGCCGGCGGCCCGGGCCGGGCCUGCGUGUGGCGGCUGGACCCCCACGACGGCCGGCGGCUGGCCGUGCGCUUCACGGCCCUGGACCUGGGCUACGGCGACGCGGUGCGGGUCUACGACGGCCUGGGCCCCGCCGACGCCGCCCACCUGCUGCGCAGCCUCGACUACCUCAGCAACGGCCAGGCGGUCGCGGUGGAGACGCUGUCGGGCCGGGCCACCGUGGCCUACGAGGCGGGCCCCUGGAGCUCCGGCCGCGGCUUCAACGCCACGUACCACGUGCGGGGCUACUGCCCGCCCUGGGAGCGGCCGUGCGGACCGGAGGGCGAGGGCCCGGGCGGCGACCGCUGCUUCGGCGAGGCCCAGCGCUGCGACGGCACCUGGGACUGCGCCGACGGCGCGGACGAGGAGGGCUGCCCGGGCUGCCCCGAGGGCCGCUACCCCUGCGGGGGCGCGGGCGGGGCCGCGGGGGCCUGCUACCCGCCCGCCGACCGCUGCAACUACCAGACGUUCUGCGUGGACGGGGCGGACGAGCGGCGCUGCCGCCGCUGCCAGCCGGGCAACUUCCGCUGCCGGGACGAGCGCUGCGUUUACGAGACGUGGGUGUGCGACGGGCAGCCCGACUGCAGCGACGGCAGCGACGAGUGGGACUGCGCCUACGCCCUCCCGCGCAAAGUGGUCACCGCCGCCGUCAUCGGCAGCCUCGUCUGCGGCCUGCUGCUCGUCGUCGCCCUGGGCUGCACCUGCAGACUCUACGCCAUCCGCUCGCACGACAUCUUUGCCCCGCUGUCGCGGGUGGAAGCUGAGAUGGUUCAGCAGCAGGCACCCCCGUCCUACGGGCAGCUCAUCGCGCAGGGUGCCAUCCCGCCCGUGGAGGACUUCCCCACCGACAACCCCAGUGACAACUCCGUGCUGGGGAACCUGCGUUCCCUGCUGCAGAUCCUGCGCCACGACGGGGCCGGGGGGGGGCCGGCCGGGGGCUCCCGCCGCCGCCAGCGCAGCCGCACGGUGCGCCGCCUCGUCCGCCGCCUCCGCCGCUGGGGCCUGCUGCCCCAUUCGGCCCCCCCGGCCCGGCCCCCCCGAGCCCGGCCCCCCGGGCCCCCGCCCCCCUCCGCCUCCGCGGCCCCGGAGGGCGCCGCCCUCGAAGGGGGCGCCGCGGGAGGACGGGACCCCGAGGAGGCCCCCGCGCUCCCCGUCAAGGUGCCGCCGCCGCCGCCGCCCGCGCCCCCCGCCCCGCGGCCCCCGGACGCCCCCGCCGCCCCGCCUCCGUCCCUGCUGUCCGGGGUGGUGCAGGCCCUGCGUGGGCGCUUCCUGACGGGCCCGCGCCCCCCUGACGCCACCGCCCCGGCCGCCCCCAGCCCCCGCGGGGGGCUCCCUGUCCUCGAGGACGAGGACGACGUUCUGCUCCUGCCCCUGGCCGAGCCGGGCCCUUGGGGGGCUGAGGACGAGCCGCUGCUGCCCUGAAGCCGGGCCCCCCCCGGGCAAGGCCUGGUCCUCGCGGCUCCGCACGACUCAGGGAACAGUAGGGCGCUACCCACUCCUUGGCUUGGGAACAAGUCUGCCCACACUCUUUCUGUCCCAGCGACUCAACCCUGUGGGGGGGUCCCACGGUGGGAGAGGAUGCCUGGGGCCCCCUCCCGCCGCUUCCACCUUCCCACCCCGGCCCCGAGCAGAACGAUUCCCCUCCCGCCGUCCUUGAAGCCAAAGAGGCCGAUCGGCUGGGGGCCGUGGCCGACUCCCGGCCGCACGGGGGGAGCGGAGGAUCUGGAGUUGGCGGCAAAUAUUGAGGAAGCAAUUCAACAAAUAAAGUGGUUUGUUUUUUGGGGGGGUUAAAAAAAAAUCAAGGGACUCUCUCUUUUGAGUGGGGGCAAGAGACCAGCUGCCAUCUCCUCUGCCACGACUCUUGGCACUGGGACACGGUGCCACACCCUCCCUCCUGCUCCCCUCUGGGCUGGUGCCAGGCCCACGCCGUCGACCCCGACGAGCUCUGCCCGGCCCUCUCG